CGUUGAGAAAAUCAAUACACCAAUCAGUUGGCAUGGCACCAUAUUUCGUGGUCUUUGGUCAGCACAUGAUUUCACAUGGCCAAGAUUACAAAAAGUUGCGAGAAGUCGAAUUACUCAACGAGGGCGAGGGAAAAUUGUCAAGAGCUGACGAAUUUCAGAAGAUUCGCUCAAACAUCGAGAAACACCUGACAAAAGCUUACGAGAGAAAUCAACGCACUUACGACCUGAGAUCCAAGCCUCGUUCGUUUGAGGUAGGUCAAGAAGUAAUAAAGAGAAAUUUUUCUUUGAGUAGCGCGGCCAAUAACGUUAACGCUAAACUAGCUCCAGUUGGAGUGAAGGCUCGCGUAAAGCAGAAAUGUGGCCAACUGAUUUAUCUACUGGAAGACUUGAACGGUAAAGAGCUGGGGAAAUUUCACAUUAAGGAUAUUUGGUAGCUAGAGACAAAAGUCUGCACCCUUCCUUGUUGUUGUUUCAGUUUUAUCUUUGGUCAAAACCCUAAGAUAAAAUCUGGCGGGGGGUGUGAAGGUUGCAGACCAA